AUGAACUUAUUCAAAGAAAAGGAUAAUAAAUUUGAAUCUGAAGUUACCAACGCUACAAGUGAAUCUCACGAAUCAGAGCCAUACGAUUUAUAUUUUGAUUUGCUUGAUAAGCUUGGCCAGGACGCCGCCACCAAUUCUAAGCUAAUUAUCGCUCAAAUACACAAACGUCUAUCACAUAGGCAUUACAACACCCAAAUACUUUCACUUAAAUUGGUGGACUUCUUAUUAAAGAACUCUGAAUCACUCCACUCUGAUGUCGCUUCUCUUUCUUUCACUCAGUCGCUGCAAAGACUUAUCACUGACAGAAACUCUGAUCAGAGAGUUAAGGAUACUGCCACAGAUUUGGUCUACAAUUGGUCUGAUGUCUUUGAUAACUCAAAUGAUUCAACCACCCUGGGUUUAAUGAGGGAACUUGCAGAUAAUCUCGCUAAUCAGCACAUUUACCCUUCAAAUACCCACAAUAACCCUCCUCCUUCCCCUGAUUACGAUAAACUCAAGGAAGAAGAAGACCAACUCCAAAAGGUACUCGAAAUGUCCAAAACUGACAUUGGUGGCAGAUUCAACACGGAGGAUAUCUCCGCGAACCUCCCUUCAACCUCUCAAUCAAACAAUAUCCCCCCUCCAUCAAACUUGUCUCCUUCACCCAUUCCACAAACUCAAAACGCUCCCACACAACGCGUUAAAGCUUUAUACGAUUUUGAACCACAAGAACCUAACGAACUCGGCUUCUGCAAUGGUGAUAUUAUUACCGUCCUUGAAUCCAUCCACAAAGACUGGUGGAGAGGUGAGUUGAGUGGUGAAAUUGGUAUCUUCCCCGUCAACUACGUCCAAAUUCUCCCAAAUCUCACCCCUUCUCAAAUCACCUCCGAGGCUCAAUUCGAAGCUGAGUUGUUCGAUAGUGCUGGCGAUGUUGAUCGUUUGUUGCGCUUGUUGCAAGGUGUAGAUCCUAGUAGAGGUGAGACUAUAGACGAUAAUGAAGAGAUUCAGGAUCUCUACGACAAGACACUCAGAUUACGUCCAAAGAUUGUCAAACUUAUUGACAAAUACUCACGCAAGAAAGAUGAACUCGUUGCAAUUAAUCUAAGGUUCAACCAAGCGAGAGAUCUCUUUGCGGGUAUGAUGGAGCGUCCGGGUGUAGGUGUUUAUCAGCAGCAUCAGCAUCAACAGCCACCAAACGCAUCUCCAUAUCAGCAGCCGCCAAGUACAUCUCCAUACCACCAGCCACCGCCACAACAGUAUGCACCAUACCCAGCACACCCGCAACAUGCGCAAACCGUUCAACCCGCUCAACCCGCUCAACACCCACAACAAGUCCAGUUCCAGCCAGGUCCAUACGAUGAGCAAUGGGCGCAAUAUUACGCUGCACAAGCAGCUACUAAUGCCAAUACCAAUCCUAACGUUGGUGUGGUUUCACCAAACCAGAAUCAGUUUGCUGCUGCUGCUGGUGUUCCUCAGUACACUUACAGUCAAACCUCACCUUAUGCUGUGACUGGUGCUCCAGCUCCAGCUUUCUCCUCACCACCUCCCAACCCCGCUCAACUCAGCUCUACCAGUCUUGAUCAGCAGUUUCAGCAUGUGACUGUGAAUGAUCAGUAUGGUGGUGCACAAGGUGGUGCUGGUGCUCAACAGUCUUAUUACCCAGUGCAGCAGUGA